AUGUCGGAUUACAGCGAUUACACCGUCUCCAUUCAUUACGAUCGGAGGCUAUACCGGCAGGACAUAGCUGGUUCCAAAGCCCACGCGGCGAUGCUGGCCCAGCAGGGCAUAAUUUCGCAGGAUGAUGCCGACAGUAUCAGCGCCGGGUUGGACGCGGUACAGGUGGAAAUUUCCAACGGCGAGUUUCCGUGGGAUUCUUCGCUGGAAGACCUCCACAUGAACAUCGAGCGGCGGCUGACCGACCUGAUCGGCGUCGCGGCGGGGCGACUGCACACGGGACGAUCUCGUAACGACCAGAUAGCCCUGGACAUGCGUAUGUACACCCGGGAAGUGGUUGACGACACCAUUGCUGGUUUGAGGGGAGUGCAGCGGGCUUUGGUAGGACUGGCCGAGCGAUACGUCAACGUUAUCAUGCCGGGGUAUACGCACAUGCAGCGGGCCCAGCCAGUUUUGUUCGCCCAUCACAUGCUGGCCUAUUUCGAAAUGCUGGAGCGGGACAUCGGGAGGUUCGGCGACUGCGCCAAGCGCAUGGAUGUGCUGCCACUGGGCAGCGGGAGCGCUGGCCGGCGUGCCGUAUCCUACGGAUCGACACGCGGUGGCUGA